AUGUACGAGCUCAAGGAGUUCGCAUCCAAGACCCCCCGCUACGCGAUUCUCUCUCAUCGUUGGGAGAAGGUCGAGCUGACCUUUGCCGACGUCGAGGAGCGGAACCAAGCCAACAAAAAGAAAAUCCCCUGGACGACAGAGAAGACACGCGCAUGGGCAAAGGUGGAGAACGCAUGCAAGUUCGCGAAGGAGAAGGGCUUCGACUGGAUUUGGCUGGAUAUGUGCUGUAUCAACAAGGCGAGCAGCGCCGAGCUCCAAGAGGCCAUCAACUCCAUGUUCUCCUGGUACCGCGACGCCGCUCUCUGCUUGGCCUAUCUCAACGAUGUCCCAGACCUUGCAAUGGAGGAUCCGCAGCUCGCGGAGUCGCAGUUCCGGCAGAGCGAGUGGUUCACCCGCGGGUGGACGCUGCAGGAACUAGUCGCCCCCAACGCCGCCAUGGUCUUCCUCUCGAAGGACUGGGCUGUCAUUGGCCGUCGGGAUUGGCUCGCGGAUGUUAUCACAGACAUAACAAGCAUCGAUGUCGACCUCCUGUCUGGGGCGCACAAGCCAGUCGACUUCUCCCGGUGGAGUGUUGCGAAGCGCAUGUCUUGGGCUGCGAACCGGACAACAACCAGACCAGAAGACGGCGCAUACUCUCUCGCGGGCCUCUUCGGUGUCAGCAUGCCCAUCAUCUAUGGCGAGGGCGGCGAACAGGCUUUCUGGCGCCUUCAGCGCGAGAUCAUUCGGCAGUCCUCCGAUCAAAGUGUCUUUGCCUGG